AUGGAUAUUCAAGCACAAUUCGAAGAAGAAGUUAACAAAUUGAAAACUCUUGAAAAAGGUGAGUGAAAAAUUAUGAUUAUUCUCGAAAGAAAACAUUUUUUAGAUCGAGAAAAAUACAUGAAUAAUAGACAAGAGUUGGAAAUGAAAUUAUCCGAAAGCAAAAAUGUUAAAUCGGUGAGUAGUUUUUCACUUAUUCAAGAAAUAUUUUAGGUAACUUUUUAAAAGUGAUUUUAUUCAGGAAUUACAAUUGCUUGGAGAUGAUGCGAAAGUAUUCAAACUAAUUGGGGCUGUUUUGGUUGGACAAGAUUUGGAAGAAGCUAAAUCAACAGUUGAUAAAAGAUUGGAAUUUAUCGAAGCCGAAAUGUAAGGAUUAUUUUAAGAUUAAAACACUAUUUGAAAUCGCAUUUUUCAGUAAGAGAGUUGAAGGUAGUUUGGGAGAAUGCACAAGUAAAACAAAUAGCCAACGUGAGAAGAUAAUGGCUAUGCAGAAAUCAUACGCUGCCGCUGCUGCUGCGGCACAAAAGAAAUAA